UCUCGAGAGGCUCAGUUCUUGCCACAGGAAGCCCCGCCGCGCAGACGACAACGGCGUAACAAAGGCACAGCACAAGCGGGACCGGCAAGCCAGACGGGCAACUCGGCAGAGAUGAGUCGGACAAGCGAAAGACACUGCUUGGGCGUCGCCGUGAUGCUGGCGGCUCUUGCCGCGGUCGCCGUGGCGACGCCUUCGUGCCUCGACACGAGCAAUCACUACUACGACGAACGAGAAUACACGUGCUCGGGUUUCACGAGCGCAUCGCACUUCCAAGAGCACAUACCCCGCGACCUUACUUACCCGCGGCUUCGGUUCGUUCUCAAGGAGUGCGUCGUCGACUACAUCCCGGGCUCGGCGUUCACCUCGGUGCCGGCGCUGUCCCUGGAUCUGAACAACUGCAAGGCCAAGACAUUCUCCAAGCCGGGAGCCAAUCCGUUCGACGGUCUCGAGGAGACCGUUUCGCGCAUAGGAUUCAUGCACAACAGCACGCUGCCGGAGUCGUGGCAGCUGCUCAAGAACCUGAACCGGCUCAAGGAGGUGGCAUUCUACAUGAUGGCCGGCCUGGACCUGACACGCGACUUCAACAACCUGCCGCAGAGCCUGAGGCGCGUGCUCAUCUUCCGUUCGAGCAUCGCGCGAAUCGACGACAACUGGCUGUCGGGACUGAGCAACCUGGAAGAGGUGUGGAUCCAAGAGAGCGACCUCAAGCACUUCCAGCGCUCCAUGAUGCCCAGGCCGGCACCCAAGCUGUGGCGUCUGCACUUGCAAGGUUGCGGACUGACGUCAUUGCCAAGAGACUUCAGUGACGACCUACCAGCCAUGCGGCACCUGAGCAUCGAAGAGAACCUCAUCACCACCUUCGACGAACUGAGCCUCGAGCCGCUCAGAAGGGAACGCACCUACGUCGGACUCUACGGGAACCCCCUUCACUGCGACUGCCGUAUCAAGUUCCUCCUAAGUUACUCGGACAACUGGCGGUUCCCGGUGUGCGCCACGCCCGAGUUCCUGAAGGGCCGUCGGCUCAACGACCUGAGCGAGGACCUGCUCAAUUGUUCGAGCCCCACGACCACGACCACGACAACGACGACGACCCCUGCCGCCGUUCCAGGGGGCUUCUUUCCUUUCUACAGCGACGACGUUUGAAUAUGCUCAUGGCGGCGGCACUGGCGGGGCACACCAGGAGUCAAAAAAAGAUUGGAAUAAAAGAGCUGUUGGGCGAGCUAA